AGCGACUUGACAGAUGAUGUGGCCUAACGUUUUGUGAAUUUUUAUGAAAACUAUAAUAUUAGAAUGCGAAAAUGAAUAAGCUAAAAUUUCUUUUAUUUAUAUUAUUUGUAGCACCGUACGAAUGUCGUGUACCAGACAAAGUUUUUUGUAUUAAUGAUAAGUGUACAGGUUUGUAACUGUGAUGAUGACAAUUUUUUUUCUUUCAAUUACUUUCUAACAUAUGAUUAUUGUUACAGAUCCUAUAUCCAAAGCGAAAACGGUUUUAAAUUUCAAUAGUGGUGAUGCAGAUUUUAUAUCCUUCCCUGCUAAAGCCGACGCAUUAGUAUACAUGAAAUCGGCUGGUUCUAAUGCAGAUAUCUGGUAUGCUAAUGUUAAUGGAAAAUUUGGAUUUGUUAACUCAAAAUUUUUAAGAGAACACAAAAUACUUAAGAAGAGUUCUGAAUUAAUUGUUAUUCCUUUAGAACCUAGUCAUUUACAACCUAAUGUGCAGCCGAACAAGGUCCAACAACCACAUGAAGUAAUUGACGGGACAACUAUUUUUACUACUGAAGCAACAACAGAUGUAACUCAACCUGAAAGCUUCACUGAAACACCAAACCUAUCCAAUGAUAAUAUAACCCCAACUUUAAUAAAUGUUACACCAGAAACUUUGAUUUCACAAAUUGAACAAAAUGAAAUUACUAAUGAUGCUUUUGAUAAUUCUGAAGACAAUGUUAACAACUCAAUAAGCAGUGAAACUAUUAAUAGCUCUGUGAAUGUUGAAAAGAUUAAUAACACACCCACAAUUACUUCGGAUAAAGAAAAUAGCCCACAGAUUGAUAAUAAUAAGAAUGAAAAUGAAAAUAUUGUUAGUGACCAACUCACACAAAAUGAUUUAGUUGAACAAAUAUCUAAAGGAGAUGAAACUGAAAACAUUCAAAAUGAAAUUGCCAAGUCUUUUCUACCCCAGGCUAUUGUUUCAAGUACUAGUGAAAGUCCACUUAUAGAUAUUGUGAAUAACAUCCCUGAUCAAGUAGUAGAGGAAAAUGUAAACAUGUUAACCAAUUCUGAAGCAGCUGAAAAAUUACCUGUGCCUCAGGCUCUCAUUUCUAGUACCAAUGAAGAAAUUCCAAUUUUAAUGGAAUUAAAUGAUGGACCUGAUGAUCUAAAUCUUUUAAAAAAUACAUUAACUGAAUCUGAAACUACUGAAAAAAGUGAACAAAAUACAUCUUCAAAUAUAAUGAAAGAUGAUGAGACUCCACAACUACCUCAAAAACCUGCUGAGACUAAUGAUGUGCCUCAACCAAGUAUGAACUUACAACAAACUGAACUUGAAAAGACUGAAAGGAAACUUAACAAGUAUACUGAAGAAAUUGUUGAUAAUAUAAAUGGUAUGAACUAUGAAACUCAAAACAAUGAAGAAAAUACACAAAUUGCUCAAGAACCUUCACCACAAACAACUAAUGAACAAACUAUACCAGCUCAAAAAGAAAAUUCCCAUAAUUUUACAUUAAUUAAUGAAACAUCAGAAAAUAACAGUCAAGAAACUCAACCAAUUAAAAUAGAAGAACCAAAUGUUACCUCUGAAGUUAAUGAUAAGAUUCAGUCAUCAACAGAAUCAAAUCUAGAUACCACUACUAGCAAACCUGAAACAUAUGAUACUAGUCCAGCCCCUCACUUUAUACCUGACAGCAGUCGAGUAUAUCGCUAUUCUACAGAAGCUCCACCUUUAGAAACACCAAAAGAAAUAAGCUCUUAUGAAGCAAUUAACCAAAAUACAAUUUUAAGUCCUAAUAAUGAUGAGGUCUCAUACUAUUUUGUUACUGAACAACCCACUGAGCAAACAACUGCUUCAAACACUAUUGACUAUAGUGAAUCUGUUGAAUCUAUUCUAAAUGACAUCCCUGGACCUAGGACAGAAUCAACUGUCGAAACACCUGAAGAAGAAAAUACAGAAAAAGCUGAAAGUAUCUUUUCAAAUAUAUAUUCAACAAUGUCAGACCUUUGGUCUGCUAGCACUGAAGAACAAACUACAGAAAGCUUAUUCAAUACAGAAUAUAGUACUUCCAGUCCAGUAAUUGAAAAAGAAUCAGUUGAUGAAGGUUUCUCUUUUAUUAAAUUAAUCAUGGCUCCAUUUACCAGCCCUUCAGAAGAAUCCAAAGCAAUUUUUGCUUCUGGGGGACAGGUCUGUUACACUGGGGACUAUUGUGAUGGUACUUCAAAUGAGAAAAGUAACCGGUUAUUGACCUUCCUUGUAACCACCGCUAUCUCAGUUCUGCUAUUCACACUAGGAUACUACUACAUAGACAAUAAAAGACAGGAUGGAAAACUUAUUGCUACUAUAAACACUCUACAGAGGGACUUACUUUUCACUAGUAAGGAGUGUGAGAUCCUUAAAGAGGAGCUUACAACUACUAAAACUAAGCUCGCUGGCAUAGAAGAAAGUUCUUUUGGCAUGGAUGACAUGGUGCAAUCAUUGAAAGAAGAAAUCAAUGAGCUGAAGGCUCAGAAUGAACGAUUAAGGAAAUCCUUGGAUGACAAUGAAAAGUUGCUUAGGGUUUCUGAGAACACUGCUGGUGAACUGCAAAAUACUCUAAGUGAGGUUGAAAAUACACUCAGUGAGCUCUUGGCUGAAAGAGCUAAUUCUGAAGAGCAAAUUGCAGAACUGAAUGGAAAGAUUCAAGCUUUCGAAGAGGAACUGAUUUCGGUGAGUCGCGACAGAGAUAACUACCAAUUGAAAUUUGUAUCGGCUGAAACUGCUUUGGAGGAAGCGAGAAAACAAACUAAACGGCUCAACGAGGUCACCCAGAAGUUGACGGACGCCACUAACACUAUAGAACUACAAAAACAUGAAAUAAUUGCAUUGAAGGAAGCUAUAAAAGAAUUAAAGAGUGGCACAUCGUCUAAUGUAGAUGUUACUUCUUUCAUUGACCACACUGAGAUCAAAGCAAAACUGUCCAAGGCUUUAGAAGAAAAGGAAUCAUUUGAAAAAAAGUUUGAGGUGGAGUACAAAGAACGCACACGAUUAACAGAAGAAUUGCAGGUUACUCGAGAAUCGUUACAAACAACCAGCCAACAGGCCACAGAGGCCUUAACUAGACUAGAGGUCCUCGGAAAAUAUUUCCAGGAACGAGAAUCUGAACUUAUGAAGUGAGUACAAUAUAGAUAAGUAUAUGUAAGUCUCAUUUCAACUAAUCAAUAAUUACAAGCAAAAUUCUUAUUGUGAUAUUUUAAACUUUUAGAGAACUCACUGCAAAGGAGUCUUUGUUUUUGAGUAAACAAGGUGAGUCUGUCAGUACUGUGGAGAAAAUUGAAUCGAUGCAACAAGAGGUUCAGAGAUACAAGUAAGCAUUAUAUUAUAUUUUUUCAAUCUAUUAUAUCAAAUAUAAAGUACCUACAUAAAUUAAACAAAGUAGGUAGGUUACAAGGAAGUAAUUUAUGCGUGCGCCAUUUUUUUCACG